UGCUUGGGUAAAGAAACAGGACUUUCCUUUUUUUUUUCCUUUUGAGAAAAUUCAGAAAUUUGGAGGCACAGUAGUUAGGAUUCAGGCCAAACUGGUAAAUGACGAAGGGGCUUCUUCCAGAGCCAAGGAGGAAGGGUUGUCCGGGUAAGUCCCGCGGAACGUGGAGAGACCGCGCCGCCCGGGUCCUCCCACUGGUUCCUUUGAUCAUCUGGCUUAGGGACGAGCUCUUUGUUCGCUGCUCCUCCGAAAACGCCUUCAAUGACUCCCUUUGAAUAAAGUAGGAAGUCCGAACCGAGCCGCCAGGCCGCGACCUGGCCCCUGUUUUCCACUCGCGAGGGCCCUGCGUUACCCCGCCCCGGGAAAGCUGCGCGUUCUCCGGCCGCUCGCGCUUGGCCGAAGCUGCUGGGUCCCGUUGUACUUCCCCCGGGCAUGCGAUGGGGAUAAUUCCCACGCCUCGCUCAAAGCUAUCCCGGGCGAGCCCUCCCUGGUCCCCAUAGGCACAGUUGGGUGUUCCCUUUUCCGUGUUAACCUUGUAUUUCGGAUAUAGUUCUGUUAUAGUAAUUACUUUUAAGAGAUUGUAGUUGUUUAUUUACAAUCGGUCCUUCCCCCACGGUAACCUAGAGUGUAAACCCCCUAAAUAAACGUCAGAAGUAAUGAAGUCUUACUUCCUUGGCUUAGGUUUCAGCGCCCUUCUCAACCCCACACUACCCCUUCAGUCUUUACACAAACCCUUCCCAUGAAUAUGCUGACCUAGCAAGUAACCUACUUUUCAUACUCCAAAAUCUUCUCUUCUGUGUGGGGAAAAUAAUGCAUUGACUGCCACCUCACCCCACCUCCAAAUAAAUUGAUGUUGAAAUUCUGGCCUCCAGUAAUGGAAUUCUUUACAUCAAAGUCACUUUUUAUUUCUAAAAGUAAUCCCAUAUAUAUUAUAUUCCUACUGUGGCCCUUGCCAUGGAUCAACAAAAAAUAUGACAUAGUCAAAAUAGACCAAAACAUGUGGCCUUGUUGUAACCAAUGGGAAACACAGUUGGGAGGUCCCUACUUACAUGUCACUUGCUUCAGGAACCGUUCCUUGAUUCCUAAGUGGGGGACCUUUUUUCCUGAAUACAACUAUAGCUUGCUUUCUUACCUCUUAAGCCCUUUUUAUCUGCAGUCUCACCCUACUAAGGUCUUUAAAUGCAGAGCUUGAUCUUCUUCCAUUAUUGUAUCUCCAGCACCUAUAAAGCAUUCCUGUUAAAUAGUAGACAUUUAGUGAGUAUUUAUUGAUAGGCGUGAAUUAUGUCUCAACGUUUAGGCUAAAUUCAUAUGAAAGUAAAAUUGAAAAAAUAAUUUUAAAGAACAGCAUUAGUUACUGAGAUUAUGUGGUAAAUCCCUUAAAAUAUAAUCUUGCAUUGAAAUAGUUUUCACCGUUUACCAAUCUUUAUAUGAAUAUAUACUCAUCUAAAUGGAAAUUGGGAAAUUUAAGCAUUUUCUGCUUUUCCAAAGUAAAUAUUCUAAUGUUUUUCUUAAAGCUGAACUAAAUUGCAAAACUUGCUUUAAUAAAGUGUGUGUUUUUGCAUCAGUUAAGCCCCUGACCUCUUUGUGUUCUUUAAAUUUGAUUCAUUAGUGGAAUUAACAAGGUUCUGUGUUUUUCUCACCUCAUUCAGUUUUAUAAUUAACCAAUAAAAGCUUAUUAGCUUUUAAGGAAGUUUUAGGAACUUAAAUUGAUUUAUGGGCACCAUAUGGUUACAUCAAAGGACUUGUUUUUGUUUUAACUGGAAGUGGAUUCUUAAGUCCUUUAAGAUGGAAAUUUAUGUUCUUUCUAUUAUACCAAGCAAUACUUUCUGAAAUAGAGUGAUUUUUUUUAUUCCACGCUACCAGUUGGUCAUGCAAUUCAAUAUUAAAUACUAGAUUACAGAUAUUAGAAUCUUGUAAUGCAUCUGGUUUAAUACCUGUCAUUUUGUAGAACGGUUAAAUGUCUUCCCAAGGUCAUACACCUAAUCAGUGGUAUGUUCAAAACCCAAAUCCUAGGCUUUCUAUCUGAAGUCCAUUGCUUAUGAAGUGGUUUGCUAUGUGUUCUGACUUUGUUGAUUCAAAUAAGUAAGCUAAAUAAAUUUAAGCCAUUAAUAGGUUUAUAAAGUUAUUUGCUAUAUGUUGUUCUUACGUCAUUGAUUCAUGUAAGUAGACUUGUGUGACAGCUAAUUCUUAAAAAAUUAUGAAGAUGUUAGACUUCUUUUGAUAUAUAUAUGUUGAUUGUAUGAACAGAUUGACAUCAAUGUAAUUAUUCAUUAUAAAAGAUUUGAGUGGGAACUCACCAAAUCCCACACCAAAAAAAUUUAAAAUUUUACCAUAGUAAAAAAAACUAAAAAGCAAGAUGAAAUUAUACAUAGUUCUUGGUGUAGUAUUUUUAAUUUAUAUUAUUUAUUUUUAUAGAAAUGGGGUCUCACCAUUUUGCCAGGCUGGUCUCAAACUCCUGGACUCAGGCGAUCCGCCUGCCUCAGCCUCCCAAAGUGCCAGGAUUAUAGGCAUGAGCUACCAUGCCCGGCUGGUGUAGUAUUUUUAAAUUUUACUUAAUGCUGAGCCAUUUUCAAAUAACCUCAUCACGUUGAUUAUGACCUCAUGCAAGAACCAUCUGUUCUAUCUUUCAGUGUACUUGUACUUUAAUAUCUUAGAAGCUAUUGCAUUCUGUCCUUUUUUGGAAUGUUUUAUGCUUUUACAGUCUUAACCAUUGCUUCUUAAUAUCACUUCUGAGGAACAGCUGGUGCAAAGAACAUGUGAUAAGGAAUGGAAAACGAUUGAUGAUGGAAACAGAGAUUUGGGGUUAAUUGCAUUCUUAAAAUAUUAUGAUGUUCUUUCUAAUAAAAUGUACAUUUCACAUAAUUUUCCUCUUUCAGAAUUAACCAUGGUUAAUCGUUCUUUAAACCAGGUUUGCUUCCGACAAAAGAAAUGAAAUAAUAAAAACUAAAUUCUAACUGUAGUAAUCAUGUGAUAUUAAAGAUAUUAUUUAUGGGGUUAGUUAAAAGCCCUCUUUAUCUUGCUUAGGGGUUUCCAAUAAUCGAAUCAGUGCUGGACUUUUUUUUUUUAGGCAUGGCUGCCCCCCGUUAAUAAUAUAUUUAAUUAAAAGCUUUACAAAAUGAUCCUAAUAUACUUGAAAUACUUAGAGGACUGCAGUUUAUAAAAUCAAGAGUCUACCUUAUUGCUGUUUCAUUUUUUUUUUUACCAUAACCCUCAGAAGGAAUACAAUUAACAUCACAGUCCUGUAUAUAAAUGUGUGUUUAUGUGUGCCAUCAUAAACAUCACUGCACUAGGUGGCAAUCUUCACUACUAUUCAUUUGUGUAUGUGUAGUCAACCCACGAAAGGAAUCAUUAGAAACAGGGUAGGAAUGUUGAACCUUAGAACUGGAAGUUGCCAGAGAAAAUAUGUGCCCUGGCCAACUCCACAGGACUAGUUCUAAGCAAUCUGAAGGAAACCAGAAAAUGUGAAUUUCUCUUUCCUCAAAAAGCUAUAUACUGAAGUAGUAUUUAAUAUUCAAGUACUUGUAAAUUUGCAGAACAGUACUUUCUAAUUUGACCCAUGAAUUCUAUUUAAAUUUGUCACUUAAUAUUUAGCCAAGAAGCAAACCAUCUAAAAAGAUUUCUGGUUUAUUUCUCCAACUCCUAAUAAAUAGGGUCACAUAUUUUUUAACUUUUUUCUAAUUUGAAAAGUAAUACAGGCAUAUGGUAUUUUAAAAAUGAAACAACACAAAGGGAUAUGUUUUGAAAAGUGGUUCUUGCCAUCCCUGAACUGUAAUCAUCCCUAACAUAUUCAUACCUGUUUUCAUUUUAAAAGUUAGAUCAGUUUUUUUAUUAGUACAUAUAUUUCUAUCCUACUGAUUUAUUUGCUAUAUCAUCUAAUUUAGUUUGAAUAUUGCAUAAUUUACUUAAUUAGUCCUCUAUGCAGACCUAGCUCUUCUCAGUGUCUACUAUUAUAAACAAUGCUACAGUGAAUAUUGUUGUAUAAAUCCAUAUGUACCACAUAACAUAUCUUAAAUUCCUGGAAGAGAUAUUGCUAAACCAGAAGAUAACCUGCAUUUAAAAUUUUGACUGCUGGGGUCAGGGUCACAUUUAAAUGAAAUUAGAACAAAGGAAUUGCAUAAUUUUCUUCGAUAGCAAUCUAUUCCAGUAUGCACCGUGAGUCACGAAGGAAAGCAAAACUGUCAAUAACUUUCUUCUCAGACUUCCGGUUUAAUGUGUUCUGAUGGGUUAAUAAUUUGUCUCAUUUCUCUUCAUAAUAAUGACUUUGAGAAUAUGUGUACCCCACUCUUUUUCCAGAAUUAACCACAACUUUUCACAGUAACUGAAUUAAUGCCACAAUGGUACAUUCAACCAGUGGGGCUUCAGGAUGUGAAAUAGACAAUAUUAGUUCUGGGCCACUGUUACUACCAAAUACUUUCUUUACCUUUAAGUCUGUAUAUUUUUAUCUGUAAAGUGACAUCCAUAGAUGUCACUGUACACUUCAUAGAAAUGAGUACACAGAAUAAUACUCAUGGCAGGGCUGGGUGUGGUUGCUCACGCCUGUAAUCCCAGCACUUUGGGAGGCUGAGGCAGGCAGAUCACUUGAACCUGGGAGGCAGAGGUUGCACUGAGCCGAGAUCUUGCCACUGCACUCCAGCCAGCGUGACAGAGCGAGACCCUGUCUCAAAAAAAAAAAAAAAAAAAAAGGAAUAAUACUUACGGCGGCACUGGCCACACUGUAAAAUUCAGGUUCAGAAAAACAGGGUAAGUCACAGACAGCAAUCCUUCCAGCAUUUAUUUUCUUUGCACCCAUGUGCAAUUUGAGAAAAUUUACCUUUAGAACGAACUCUGUUAAAGGUACAGACAAUACAGUACUUUUUAUUCAGAAGGUUUCUGCAUAAAGGUGAUAGUCUUUUGACUUAAUAUAUUCUUGUCUCCUGCCUUGUGUUUCUGGAAUGAAUUAAGGUCAUUAUUUAGAGGAUAAUCUGGGUUGUAUUUGUGUCAUCAGAUUGAAUUUUCAUUGCACAUGCUACUUAAUGUCUUUACCAAAUAAUAACAAAGGGAAAGAAAACCAAAUAUAGAUGUAUAAUAAGGAAAAGCUGGCCUAUAGAAAAUACCAAACCAGAUAAUAGUAGCAAAGUUUAAGCCAAUUUUGUUUUUAAAAUGUCAUGUACAUGGAAAAAGGUUUAACUUUAGUUUUCUUUGGGUGGUGGUUAAAAGUUAUAAGUGAUUAAAAGUUUUUUUCUUUUUCUGCAAUGAACAUUAUGUGACUUUGCAAUUUAAAAAGCCAACGCCCUUUUAAGAAAGUUAUGUCCAUCAGUAUUCCUCCAACUUCAUUUUCUCUCUUGUUUCUUCUUCCCUCACUUUUCUAAGUUUUCCUUUAUUAACCCCAUUUUUCUUUAGUUUGUUUGCAUGCUUCCUUGCUUUUGUUUUUUUUGUUUUUCCUGGGUAUGAUAGAGAAUCAGUCCCAUUUUCUAAGUAUUAAAUCAAGGAGUGAAUUUUCAAGUAGACAAAAUUGAUUUACAGCAUCCUUGCAUUCGCUACCCAUCUCUGCAUUUGUUAGCUCUUGUUUUUAGCUGGGAAAAAGCCAGUUACCGCCAUUUUAACAUUUCAGGUGUUCUUGAUUCAUUUUGAAAAGCUGACUGAUGAAAGAAAUAAGGAGUAUCCUCUAUGAAUUAUCCUGAACUGGCUUAUAUUGUUUGAAUUCCUGCUAUGAGCUUCUGUUUCUUUAACAAUAUUUUGUAAAGUGUGUUUCACAUAACAGCAGAUAAUCACCAGAAUGGGAGUGAAUGACUUGUGGCAAAUUUUGGAGCCUGUUAAGCAACACAUCCCCUUGUGUAAUCUUGCUGGGAAAACCAUUGCAGUUGAUCUGAGUCUCUGGGUGUGUGAGGCACAGACAGUCAAAAAAAUGAUGGGCAGCGUCAUGAAGCCCCACCUCAGGUAUAGUAAAAGCUCUUAGAGUAUAAAUGUAUGAUGUAUAAACAGUCUUGGUGUCUUGAUUUUGUUUCACCUUUUUUUUUUCUUUUGUUGUUGUUAUUCUUUUACAUUUUGAGGUUUCAAGAUCUAUUUAACAUGUCUAGAUUCACCAUCUUUAUAUUAAGGACUCAGAUUUGUACCUCUUACCCUUUGAGCUCCAGACUCACAUAGCCAUCUCCUACUUAACGUAUCCACUAGGAUGCUUCAGAUACUAAAAGCCGGAGAUUUGGGAGACAUUUUCUCCCUAUUUUACUUCUCUCCACAUCUAAUCCAUCAGAACUUAUUUUUUCGUAUCUCAUAUUUAACACAAAUGGAUGUAAAACUGGUAUUUGUUAUGGAAGGGGAACCACCAAAGCUGAAAGCUGAUGUCAUAAGCAAGAGGAAUCAGACUCGGUAUGGGUCAUCUGGAAAAUCGUGGUCUCAGAAAACAGGGAGAUCACAUUUUAAAUCAGUCUUAAGAGAGUGCCUCCAUAUGCUCGAAUGCUUAGGAAUCCCCUGGGUUCAGGCUGCUGGGGAAGCUGAAGCCAUGUGUGCUUAUCUCAAUGCUGGUGGUCAUGUCGAUGGCUGCCUCACCAAUGACGGAGAUACUUUCCUUUAUGGGGCCCAGACGGUUUACAGGAAUUUCACUAUGAAUACAAAGGACCCACAUGUUGACUGUUACACAAUGUCAUCUAUCAAGAGUAAACUAGGUUUGGAUAGAGAUGCUCUGGUUGGAUUAGCAAUACUUCUUGGCUGUGAUUAUCUCCCAAAGGGAGUCCCUGGAGUUGGAAAAGAGCAAGCAUUAAAACUUAUACAGAUUUUGAAAGGGCAAAGUUUACUUCAGAGGUUUAAUCGGUGGAAUGAAACAUCUUGUAACUCUAGUCCACAACCGCUAGUCACUAAAAAACUGGCUCAUUGUUCCGUAUGUUCCCAUCCAGGUUCACCUAAGGAUCAUGAACGUAAUGGAUGCAGAUUAUGUAAAAGUGAUAAAUAUUGUGAGCCACAUGACUAUGAAUACUGCUGCCCUUGUGAGUGGCACCGUACAGAACAUGAUAGGCAACUCAAUGAAGUAGAGAACAAUAUUAAGAAGAAAGCUUGCUGUUGUGAGGGAUUCCCAUUCCAUGAGGUUAUUCAAGAAUUCCUUUUAAACAAGGAUAAAUUGGUGAAGGUUAUCAGGUACCAAAGACCUGAUUUGUUAUUGUUUCAGAGAUUUACUCUUGAAAAAAUGGAGUGGCCCAGUCACUAUGCAUGUGAGAAAUUGCUGGUACUUUUGACCCAUUAUGACAUGAUAGAAAGAAAGCUUGGUAGCAGAAACUCUAAUCAACUACAGCCAAUUCGAAUUGUUAAGACCCGAAUCAGAAAUGGAGUUCAUUGUUUUGAAAUAGAAUGGGAAAAGCCUGAACAUUAUGCUAUGGAAGAUAAACAACAUGGAGAAUUUGCUCUAUUAACAAUUGAGGAAGAAUCAUUGUUUGAAGCAGCAUAUCCUGAGAUCGUUGCUGUUUACCAAAAACAAAAGUUAGAAAUUAAAGGGAAGAAACAAAAACGUAUUAAGCCUAAAGAAAACAAUUUGCCAGAACCAGAUGAAGUAAUGAGCUUUCAGUCACACAUGACUUUAAAACCCACAUGUGAAAUCUUUCAUAAGCAGAAUUCCAAGUUAAAUUUGGGGAUUUCCCCUGAUCCUACAUUACCACCGGAAUCUAUUUCUGCCUCAUUGAAUAGCUUGCUUUUACCUAAAAAUACUCCAUGUUUGAAUGCACAAGAACAGUUCAUGUCUUCUCUAAGACCUUUGGCUAUACAGCAAAUUAAAGCUGUCAGUAAGUCUCUAAUUUCAGAAUCUAGUCGACCCAAUACCUCAUCUCAUAAUAUAUCCGUGAUUGCUGAUCUACACUUGAGCACUAUUGACUGGGAAGGUACUUCUUUUAGUAAUUCUCCAGCUAUUCAAAGGAAUACUUUUUCUCAUGGUUUAAAAUCAGAAGUUGAAUCAGAGCUAUCAGCCAUCCCUGGUGGCUUUGAAAAUAUCCCAGAACAACUGUCAUGUGAAUCAGAAAGGCACACUGCAAACAUAAAGAAAGUGUUGGAUGAGGAUUCUGAUGGGAUUAGUCCUGAAGAGCAUCUACUUUCUGGCAUUACUGAUUUAUGUCUUCAGGAUUUGCCUUUAAAGGAACGAAUAUUUAUAAAAUCAUCAUAUCCUCAGGAUAAUCUACAACCAGAUGUCAACCUGAAAACUUUGUCCAUACUUAGUGUAAAAGAAUCUUGUAUUGCUAACAGUGGUUCUGAUUGUGCAUCACAUCUUUCAAAGGGUCUUCCAGGAAUUCCCUUGCAAAAUGAAUCCAGAGACUCUAAAAUUCUAAAAGAAGACCAGCUGCUUCAAGAAGACUAUAAAGUCAAUACUUCUGUCCCUUAUUCUGUCAGUAACACAGUGGUAAAGACCUGCAAUGUUAGACCACCAAAUACUGCUUUAGAUCAUAGUAGAAAAGUUGAUAUGCAAACCACUCGGAAAAUUUUAAUGAAGAAGAGUGUUUGCCUUGACGGACAUUCCUCUGAUGAACAAAGUGCCCCAAUGUUUGGGAAAGCUAAGUACACAACUCAAAGAAUGAAGCACAGUUCUCAAAAGCAUAAUUCAUCCCAUUUCAAAGAAAGUGGCCAUAAAAAGUUGAGUAGCCCUAAGAUACAUAUUAAAGAAACUGAACAGUGUGUCAGAUCUUAUGAAACAGCUGAAAAUGAAGAAAGCUGUUUCCCAGAUUCAGCAAAAAGUUCUCUGAGUUCUCUACAAUGUCAUAAGAAAGAAAACAACUCUGGUACUAGUUUGGAUAGUCCUCUUCCUUUACGCCAGAGAUUAAAACUAAGAUUCCAAAGCACUUGAAAGGAAAUUUAAAACACUUAAGUAUAACUUACUAUUUUAGUACUAUCAGCAAUAGCAGAGACAGAGGGAAGAUAUCUAGUUCAUGUGUGGUAAAAAUUUUAAUGUUCUCUAUGUCAUGAAACACUUGCCAUUUUAAUCAAAAUUGUAAUUUUUUAAAUGUCACCUAAAACUCUGGUUUUAAAAGAUCCUCUGUAUUGAAAACUUCUGAUAAUGUAUGUCAUUAUCAUGUCCUUAUUAUUCCUUAACUGUAGUUUUAAAAUAUUGGUAAAGUACUUGACAGAGUAAAUGCUUCACCUAAUUGUUCACU